GGAAGCGAAAGCUGCUCCGCCUCUUCCGAGCCAGGUCGCGACCUUGAGGCCGGGAGCGGGUUGCGUGCAGGCCUCCGGGGGCCCUGAAGCCUCCUCUCUCUCCAUGGCUGCGGCACGGAACCUGCGCACGGCGCUCAUAUUUGGCGGCUUCAUCUCCAUGGUCGGCGCCGCCUUCUACCCUAUCUACUUCCGGCCCCUAAUGAGGCUGGAGGAAUACCAGAAGGAGCAGGCCGUAAAUCGAGCUGGUAUUGUCCAAGAAGAUGUGCAGCCGCCAGGGUUGAAAGUGUGGUCCGAUCCUUUUGGCAGGAAAUGAGGCUGUCAGCAAGUCUGAUGAGGAAGGUGGACAUCUUCAUCCUGUACACUCUGCCGUGGGGACGAUAGAUGUUCCCUGUGGCAGCAUCGCUGGAGAGAGAACACUGAUGCUGCCAGAGCCUCUGUGAUAGAGACUGUGUGCAAAGACAGUGUUUCCCUAAGUCCCUGGAGAACCUGAACAGAUGACUCCAUUAGGAAGCGCCUUGUGGCUCCGUUGACUUCACAGGAGCAGAGCCAGCCUACAGGGCUGUUUGUGGGCAGUCCGCUUCCCAUGCAGUCUUUGUCACUUCCCAGCUGUGAUGUGAACCCAAGCAACCUGUGGGCUCAAGGGCCAUGGCUGCUUUGCCACUUUCUGAAUAACUGAUUUCAGUGUGAAAGGCCAUACCAAGCCGCCUCACAGGGCUCUUCGAGAAGGUUCCAGUUGAUAAAGCUGUUUAAGGUCAGGAUCCAUGGCGCUGUUUAAGAUUACUCUGCUCAGACUAACUAUCUUGUUGAAAGUCUUUGUAUUCGGAAAUAAAGAGAUAGGAAGCAAGUCACACUGGAUUACCUUAGAAUCACAGGUGAGCCUGGCAGCAGCAAGGCUGUGGGUAUUAAAAUGGUUUCUCUUA